AUGAAGCGAUUUACCCAACCUAAAUUUGGCAUUGAAAAGCUGAGAAGAUACAUCGAAAACCAUGUCCCUCAAACAAAACAAGUUUCCCCUCGAUCUUCUCAUACAUCAGAUUCCUUAUCGUCCCCAGCAGCUUGACCAUCAAAGAUUGAAAGAAAAGAAAAUCAGUUUGGAAUCCGAUUAAAUAUCAAAGGAAUUACCAUUAAUUCUAACGAAAAAUCAGGACAAACAUAUAUUGAAUGUAAAAAUGAUGUACCUAUAUUAAAAAAAGACCCUAUCACCUACAAAAAUCAUAAACAGAAGCUACUUACAAAGCCAAUAAAAAUGAGUACGGUUUCUCUGAAUGUUUCAACAACUUUUUUUGAGGAAGAGAGUCAUCUAAAAUCUGAGGUGACUACACCUAAAUAUUUUCAAAGAAGCAUCCUAUCAAGAAGCUCAGUGUUUCGUGGAAAUCAAAAAAACUCUGGAUCUCCUCCCUGUUUAGCUUCUAACAGCUUUGAAAAAGAUUUAUUAUUUAGGACUUGCUCAUUGUCAAACUCAAACAAAAAAUCUCUAAAAUCUUUUUCAUUUCACCGAAAAACCAACUCAUUUGGAGGCGAAAACGUAAAAUCUCUUUCUAAAGGAGGAGGAUUUAUGGCUGCUGGACCUUUAAAGCAUAUAAGUUUAAGUUUUAAUGAAUUUAUCUUGCCUUUAGUGUCUUCUAAGUCUCUUUCUUGAGGUUCAGCUAACAGCUCUAUACAACAGUAGGUGAAUCGGACUAACUGUCGAACCGUUAAAGCUAUUGAGCCCUUUCAGACUCCUCUAAUCUGUGCCAGCCUCAGCACAGACCAUUUCUCUUCAAACCGAUACUCUAAAGAAGCUUGACUUCUCUCACUGAGUUCGGUUUAUCAGUCCAGACUGGUGUAUCAGGACAACGGACUCAUCCCUAACUCCCAUUUUAAAUAUUGUGAAAACUUAACUUAACUUAGCUUACUAAUUAUAACGCUUAACGUCCACUACGGGGUUAGCUAAGCCAAGACCUCCGCUCGCCUUUCGCCGCAUCGGGUCCACAGACCUCUGGGCCGGUCCGCUUCGUUCACCAAGGUGCGCCUAGGGGCAAGUGUUGCCGGCUUCGACGGCUCAUGAAUGAGCUACUUGCUUGUGACAUGGGUUGCCAUUCCGAAAACCCAAAAAAAGGAUUUUCUGGUAGGCUUUCGGCAAAAAGGAAAAACACGUAGCCUGAGACGUAACGCCCAGUUUCACGCUAGGGAGUUGCCCAAUGGGUCGUGUGGACUCUGCUGGGCUUCCCCUUUCCAACUGCCGUGCUUUCCUUCCCCACGAGGAAAAAACCAUCUCUGAGAAUAGACUAGGGCUAGGCUCUAUACUCCACCAGAAUUGCUUACCUAGCAUUGCCGUCCAUCUCCGAAAUGGCAAAACCUUGCCGGAUAUAAUUAAAAUAUGAGUCGAGGCUGCAUGGCCGGAGGCCAUGCCCAGACGAAGACGCCAUAUUUUAAUUAUAAAUAUUGUGAAAACAUAUAAAAGUUCGAUCCUUGAAAUUUAAAAAUGCAGCUUUAGGAGAAACGAAAGAGGAGGGAAAAUGAAGUUUCCAGAUUAUUAAGAACCCAAUUUUCCCUGCUUAUAAAGUUCAGAAUUUAGGGGAAACUGAAGAUGAAAUUCCAGCUAAUCAUGCUAAAAUACACAUAAAAAAACGGGCUGAAAAUUGUAAAUUAAUAUUACAUAAAAAAAAUUUUUAA